CAUCAUCAGUGCCCAGUUUAUCCACCUACUACGGCAUGCAACUUACAUCUUACAGUAAUGAUUUCAUAAGGCAUAUUUAUGAAGGCGAUUUAAUGAAAUUCAGCUGUUAUGUGUAUCCAUUGGGGAAUCCACCAAUUACAUGGACAUGGUUUUGUGGAGAAGAAGAGAUGAAAAACGUAACAUUUUCAAGCAGUAAAACCACUACUUAUAUGAAUUUCACUGCAACACGAAAACACGACUGGAAGUAUUGUUAUUGUAGAGCGAAAUCGCCUUCCCGUGUUUUAUUCUACGACCAUUUGUCUUCUUCCAGAUACAUGAUGCGUGUUUAUCAUUCGCCACGAUCACGACCAAAGAUUUAUCCUUUGACUCCUACAACUGUACAGAGCGGUGAGUACAUAAACAUCAAGUGCAAUCUCACGACAGUAGGCUAUCCAAAAAUAACAUGGAGAUGGAUCUGUGGCGACCAGCCUCCCCAGAAUGGGAUGGACGAAGGAACAGAAACUUACUUGGAAAUCAAAGUGACUCCACGUCACAAUGGAAAGAUAUGCAGAUGCAGAGGAAUAUCUUCACCAUCCUCUUUCUAUGCCUACGACGAGAUUUCAGACGCUAUAAAGAUCACCGUUUUCUCCACAAGUAAUGAAGACCCUCAAUGCGUAUCAGCUGCAGCAUUUGGAACUACUACUGGUUUACUGGUGGCUAUUAUACUAGCGUUAAUCACAGUCCUUUUAUUACAGCAUAUCAGAGUGAAAAAAGGAGACCUGUGUUCCUGUGUAGUAUCUGGUGAGACUUUUAAGAGAAAGAAUUAA